UCUCUCACAUAUUUUCUUUUGAACUAUGUUCAUUCAAAAAAGUUUUAUAGGGGCACUUGGGUGGCUCAGUUGGUUAAGCGUCUGCCUCGGGCCUAGGUCAUGAUCCCAGCGUCCUGGGAUUGAGCCCAAAUCCUGGCAUUGAACCAUGUCUGGCUCCCCGCUGAACGGGGCGUCGGCUUCUCUCUCUGCCCUUCCCCCUGCACACACACUCUCUCUCUCUCAAAUAAAUAAAACCUUUAAAAAAAAAAAAGGUUUUAUAAACAUUUAUACACCAAACUGUUUACACUGAAUAGCCCACCUAUCUGAUUUUUAGUUUAAUGGGUUAAAACUAAAAACAACCCCCAGAAAACCGCAAUCAACUAUGGGGUUUUUUACAAGUUGGAUCGGGCAACAGGUGAAUGGGGAGCCCCAGGUGCUCACAGCAAGGGCUCCUCCCUAAGAGCCUGAGAGCCAGAACCAAGCCCACAUUUCUCUGGGAGGCUGAACCUCCGGGGCAGGAAUCUAGGGACACCCUCCCAUUGUUUAGAGAAGCACAUGGGGUCCUGGGGAGGUAAGAGGAGACUCAUCUUGGGGAAGCGGACUUACCCUUUCCUCCGUGUGAAGUUUGAGGGUCGCUGUACAAUGUCAGAAGGAAUGCUGCUUAAAAUAGCCUCCGGGCUGAUGUCCUCCUUGGGUGCCGGUCCCACCUCACCCUCACCUGCCAAGCUGUUGGCUGGGCUGUAGGAGAGCUGCCUGUUCUCCGCAGAAGCUCCAUCCCUCAGGACAAAGGGACACCAAGUGUCACAACCGUCUGCCAGUGCUGACCGUGCUCAAAGAUCAGGCUUUUGAAAGACAGCUUUGAGGGCUUCUUUUCCAAGAGCAAACACCUGCUCCCCAGCACUGCCCCUUCACCUGUGGCCACUGGAAGAGUCUAGGGUCCUGCCCCUGUUGAGAGAAUGGCUUCCUCGGGGUCCCAAACAAAGAAACAUGAUAAUCACAGUGACCACCUUGUACAACCCACCAACCCAAAUGUAGCAGCGAUGCAAGAAGAUGUCCUCUACCAUUUCAGUCUCAGCACCAGCACGCAUGAUUUCCCUGCGAUGUUCGGAGAUGUGAAGUUCGUGUGUGUCGGGGGAAGCCCUACCCGGAUGGAGGCCUUCGCCAAAUACAUGGCCAAGGAGCUGGGCCUUGACCACCCAGGUGCAGAGUAUCCCAACAUCUGCAGGGGGACCGACCGCUACGCCAUGUUCAAAGUGGGCCCCGUGCUGUCUGUCAGCCACGGCAUAGGCAUCCCCUCCACCUCCAUCAUGCUGCACGAGCUCAUCAAGCUGCUCUACCACGCCCACUGCUCGGAUGUCACCGUCAUCCGCAUCGGCACGUCUGGCGGGAUCGGUCUGAAGCCUGGCUCUGUGGUCAUUACCCGGCAGGCGGUGGAUGCCUCCUUCGAGCCGGUGUUCGAGCAGGUGGUCCUGGGGAAGCGGGUGGUUCAGAGGACGCACCUGGAUGAGGAGCUCGCGCAGGAGCUGAUGCAGUGUGCUUUGGAUCUGCUGGAGUUCCCCACGGUCAUAGGGAACACCAUGUGCACCUCAGACUUCUAUGAAGGGCAAGGCCGUCUGGACGGCGCCCUCUGCUCCUACACAGAGAAGGACAAGCAGAAGUACUUGCAGGCAGCCCACUCGGCUGGCAUCUGCAACAUCGAGAUGGAGUCUUCGGUCUUGGCAGCCAUAUGUGGUGCAUGUAGCAUCCCAGUGGCCGUGGUGUGUGUCACUCUGCUCAACCGCCUGGAGGGGGACCAGGUCAGCAGCCCCCACGAGGUGCUGGUCGAGUACCAGCAACGGCCACAACGCCUGGUGAGCCACUUCAUCAAGAAGCGCCUCGCGGCCGCCCAAAACCCCCUGAACCUCUAAAGGCGCGCGGUUAUGAUUGCUGCACAUUAAGUCACUAUCGGGUGCCCGGCCUGCUCAGUCAUGAGAGCAUGCGGCUCUUGAGAUCUCCGAGUCCUGAGCUCAAGCCCCACACCGGGCGCAGGGAUUACUUAAAUAAAUAAAUAAGCUUAAAAAAGAA